UUUCAUUUCAGUGAGAGUGAUAGAAAACCAUUAACGAUGAGAACUCAUGGUAGGUUUUUUAUUUGCCGUUAUCUUUCUCGGUUGCGGAAUCAAUUCGAAUCAACUUCCGAAUUCCCACUCCCUAGUUUCCGGCGUCGACCUCCAUUUUUGCUUCGUUCUUACUCUGCCGAGGUGGAACCUCAACUGUCCCAGGACCUCUUAAACAUAAUGGAACGAAGACUCAUCGCUAUUGAGUACAGGACCUCUUGUCUUAACAAUCUAAUAAAUAAGCCAGAAGCAUCACCAUCAGAGUAUGCGAGAGCUAAUAAGGAGCUUCGAAAGCUGAGUGGUUCUUUGGAGCUUAUUAAUGAACUGAGGGCCAAACAGAAGGAAAUUGGUGGCUUGAAGUCACUAAUGGCUGAAUGUUCUAAAGAUAAAGACAUGCUUGAUAUGGCAGCAGAAGAAAUGGGCCAGGCCAUAGAGGAAGAAAGAAGACUGCAAAAUUUGCUGCUGAAGUCAUUACUUCCUAAGGACGAUGCUGAUGAAAGGGAUUGCAUUUUGGAGGUCCGAGCAGGCACUGGGGGAGAGGAGGCUUCCUUGUUUGCGAUGGAUAUCUUUAAAAUGUAUGAGAAGUAUGCUCACAAGAAUGGCUGGAAGUUUGAAGUAGUAGAUAUAGCUCAAUCUGAUCUUAAAGGAUACAGGGAGGCUAGUGCAGCAAUUGCAGGAAUCAGUGUUUUUGGGAAACUAAAAUUUGAGAGUGGAAUUCAUAGAGUACAGCGAGUUCCUGUGACAGAAAAGUUGGGACGUGUUCAUACCAGUGCUGUUUCUGUUGCAAUCCUCCCUCAGGCUGAUGAGGUUGAUGUUCAAUUGAAGAAUGAAGACUUAAAAAUUGAUACCUAUAGGUCUGGUGGUUCAGGUGGUCAGCAUGCAAAUACAACCAACAGUGCUGUUAGAAUGACUCACAUUCCAACAGGGAUUAUGGUUGCUAUACAAGAUGAGCGUUCUCAACAUAUGAACAAGGCCAAAGCUCUCAAGAUACUGUGUGCAAAGCUAUAUGAAAUGGAAAGGUUCAGACUUCAUAGUAGUCGAUCAAAGCUUCGAUCAGAGCAGAUUGGUAGUGGGGAUAGAUCUGAACGCAUCCGAACAUACAAUUUUCCUCAAGGUCGUGUAACUGAUCAUAGAGUUGGUAUCACUUAUCACUCGAUAGAUGAUGUGAUGCAAGGAGAGAAUCUUGAUGUCUUCAUUGAUGCUCUUCUAUUGCAAGAAGAAAUGGAUGCAAUUGCCACUUUUAGUUCUUCUCAGUAAAUCCAGCAGUUUCUUUUUUUGCUGAUUAUUUAUUGAAUGUCUUGCUUUUCUAUAUCACUUACCGGAAAAAGAACUUUUGUAUUUUGCUUGAGAUGCUAGGCAGAGGAAGAAGUGGUAGCAUAGCACCGAAUGAUGUUAUGAUUAUAUGAUAAUUACAUGACUCAUGUUCACUUAUGUU